AUGUCCGGGCUCGAGAGGCAGGGAAGCCUCGACGGCAGCGGGCGCGGCGGGCGCUUAAACCUCAGCGAUGACGAGGGCGCCGCCCCCGGGGACGAGUACGAGGACCACGGGCACACCCUGAGCGCGAUGCAAGGGAAGCAGCUCCGACGCGAGCUCUCGACGCAUAACCUCGUCCCGAUAGGGUACGAGGCUGGCGACCACGGCGCGGGCUCGCCGGAGACGACGUCGCCUCUGAGCACGCCGUCGCAGACGCUCACGGGCGCGGAAGCGGGCGACCUCUCGCACUCCGUCAACGAGGCGCCGGUGGAGCUGCCGAGGCGAGACCCGCGACGGAACUCACUCCCGGAGCGUCCGCGUCUGGACUCCAUCUUCAACGUGCCGCCGACGAUCGACGAGAGCGAGAUCAGUGUUGGUGUUCCAGCGCCGGGCGGCGGCGCGGGAUCCGGACAACCGCCGUCGCAUCGGUCGGACGCGGAUAAACCGAAAACAUUCCGAGCGAUGAAGACGAGCUCGCAAAGGCAAGCGCAGACGUCGCAGAAGACGCAGCGACGCACGACGAUAUCGUCCGCGGAUACGUCCGCGGGGACGUUCACGCUCAUCGACUCCGCGCGGCACGCGAGGAAAUCGAACGAGAGCGUCGGCGCGAAACGCCGAGGGAAUCUUAAAUCCGUCGCGAGAGACUGCGAGUCCCUCCUCCUCAUCGGCGACGCGCUUCGGGCGAAAGACAUGCCCGGCCUCGCGGACCGGCUCACCACGGGCUUGAGGCGGAUUCAAGAUAACGCGCGCGAGGGGUACACGGACGAAGGCAUCGUCGCGCAGAAGCGCCAGUACCAGCGCGCGGUGAACAGGAGAGAAAUCCUCAAGAGCGCGAUGCAAGACGCGUUCGGCGGGGACACGCUCACCGGCCGCAUGGCGCGUCGCCUCAGCGCGAGCCUCGGGGCGCACCGCGAGAAACAGAAACAACAAGGCGACGCGAAGGACGUCGAGCUCGCGGUCACGAAAGAUCACGAGCCACCGGUGAAGAAGAAGCGCGAGCUGACGCUCCGGGACCACUGCGUUCGCACGCUCGUCAUCGGUUUCGCGUUUCUUCUCCUGUGCUGCAUGCCAGCGAUCAUGGAGCAGUACACCCCGGACGCGGGCAUCGCGGCGACGACCGGUUCGGUCACCGCGAGCGCGAAUCCGAUAUACAUGAAGCUCUCGCACCACGAGUACGGCACGUACGAGGUCACCGUCGGCGCGGGGUACUGUCUCAGCGCGGUGUCGUCGACGUACACGUCGAACUCGUACUACAGCGCGCACGUCGUCUUAAUGCAAGACGACACGGAGCUCAAGAGCGACAGCGUCCAGCUCGAGACGUCGACGUAUAACAAACGACGAAGGAACUUGCUCGCCGGUGGCGCGGACACCGGGCCGUACGGGAGCCACACGUACGAGACGUUUUACUGGCUCGCGGACCCUCAGAGGAGCGGGAGCGAUCUGAAGUUGAAAGUCUACACGGACUGCCCGGAACCGGUAGGCUUGUCUCUGGAAGUCGUCACCGUCGGCCCGAUCGGCGUCGCGCAAGUGUGGGUCGCGCUCGUGCUCCUCAUCGCGACGUUCGUCUUGAUCAUCCUAGAGGUUGUGCACCGGACGUUAAUCGCGUUCAUCGCGUCCGCGGCGGUGCUCUUCAUGUUGGCGCUCGAGCACCGCUUGCCUUCGAUACCGACGAUCAUGACGUGGAUGGACCACGGCACGCUCGCGCUUCUGUGGGGGAUGAUGAUCAUCGUUUCGCUGCUCGCGCGCACCGGGGUGUUCGAGUACAUCUCCGUGCAGCUCAUCAUCGCGAGUAAGAUGGACCCGUGGAGGCUGACGUGGUUGCUCAUGAUUUUCGACGCCGUUUUAUCCGCGUUCUUGGACAACGUCUCCACGAUGUUACUCCUCGGUCCGGUGAUCGUAUCGAUGUGUAAAGCGAUCAGGCAAGACCCAAGGCCGUGGCUGAUACCGAUGGCGCUGUUCGGGAACAUCGGCGGCACCGCGACCAUGAUCGGCGACCCGCCGAACCUCAUCAUCGGCAACUCCUUGAGCGACGAGAUCGGUUUCGUGGAUUUCCUGAAAGUGUUAGCCCCCGGCGUCAUCCUCACGAUGUUCCCAGCGCUGUUGUUCCUCAGAUGGUACUACGGCAGAGACGGGAUUUACUCCAAGAAGAUCGACGUCGACGUCGAAGAGCUCGUGCGGCGGUACCCCAUUCGCGACCACGUCGGCCUGGCCAGGUGCGGGAUCAUCUUGUGCUUCGUGUUGGUUUUAUUUUUCCUACACCCGGUGUUGCACUUCGAGCCUGCGUACGCGGCGCUGUUCGGCGCGAUCGCGAUCCUGGUCAUGUCCCCUAGCGAAGACUUCGAGCACGCGCUCGAGAAAGUCGAGUGGGACUCGCUCUUGUUCUUCGCCGGUCUGUUCGUCUUCACCCAGGGCAUCAGCGAGCUCGGGUUAUUAAGAGUCAUCGCGGACGCGUUGUCGGACGCGAUCGAAAAUGUGGACGAGGGCUCGCGAAACUUAGUCUCGAGCGUGUUGAUUCAGGUCGUCGCCGCGGUCGCGAGCGCGUUCGUGGAUAACAUCCCGUUCACGACGACGAUGCUUCCCGUGAUCAAACGCAUGGCGAAGAAUGUCGAGGGCGUGGAGAUCAGGGUGUUAGCGUGGGCGUUGUGUUUCGGCGCGGAUUACGGCGGCAUGGGGACGAUCAUCGGCGCGAGCGCGAACGUCGUCAUGGCCGGCAUCGCCGCGGAGGCGGGGUACCCGGUGUCGUUCUCGCAGUUCUUUAAGAUUGGGUGGCCGAUGAUGUGCAUCUCGCUGUGCGUCUCGAUCCCGUAUCUGUGCGCGAUGAUCGAGCUCGGGAACACGUGAGAAGGAGACGCGACGAAAAAGAACGCGUCUGUCGACGACAAAAAGAGUCGCGACGAAAAAGAACGCGCAUGUCGACGACCUCAAGCGGAACGAUUCACAGUAUUGAUAGACUAUGUAUCUUGCUUGCUAAAAUUCUUGCAUCUUAGUCUACGUAUGAUAUGAUUCCACGCGUCUGUC